AUGGAUUUCUCUUGCAAAGACUUCAAGGUAGGAAAAUGUGAGGGGCAAAAAGUGGUAGAUGACGAGACCAUGCCACUACUGCCGCAACCCCCAGAACCUAACAAGAGUGACAGAGACUCAUUACUCUCAGCUCUAAAGCAGAACAAGGAAUGGUUUGAGCAAAUGAUCACCAAAAACAGUGCUGUCCUGCUACGAGGUUUUGACAUAAAAAAUGCUGAGGAUUUCAAUGAAAUCAUUGAAAGUUUGAAACUUUCGGCUGGGAUGAUAUCCGUUAUGUAG